AUGGCUGCCGGUGAAGUCCGGCCCUGGCCGGUUUUCAUGCUAGCAUUUGUCGGCUGUCUUUUGUGUAUAGUCAAUGUUAUCAUCUUGACUGGGGUUGAUGUUAAGGGGAAGAUUUCCAAAAUAGUCUUGCCGAAGGAGGUCAAGAAGGCUUUCCCAUAUUUCGACCCUCCAAAUCUUGUCGACGACAUAGACCUUCCCGACGAACUCGACCAGCAUCCAAUUGUCGCCUUGACGCGCGACCAGCUCAAGAAGUUCGACCGAUAUAAGCGUGCCCAGCCAAAAUCAUUCGCUCAAGUGGUGGAGAAAUACCGUCUGAAAUAUGGCCGACAUCCACCACCAAAUUUCGACGAGUGGUACAAGUUCGCCAAGAAGCGGAAAUGCGUCAACUUCGAUGAUUUCGACCAGAUUAUGGACGACUUACGGCCGUACUGGGGUAUGAAACCUGCGGAUAUCAGAGCUAUGGUCAAGGCUAUGGAUACAGAUCAAAGCAGGGUCUCGAUAUUGAAAGUUAGAGGACAGAAAGUUGCUCAAACUAGCCGGCCAGACGCAUGGCGAGCCUCAGUGUUCGAGAGAAUGCUGGCUGUGGCUGCACCGCUUCUCCCAGAUCUAGAUAUCGCCAUGAACUACCUCGAUGAGCCACGAGUGGUUGCACCGUGGGAGGAAGUACAGGCCAAACUAGCACAGGAAAAAAAGACUAGGGUUCAGCAUCCAGAGACAGUGAACGAGUUUUCGAAAAUUGAUUGGGAUGCUCCAAUAGAUAUUAAGAAUCUUGACCUUGGUUUCUUCGACCAUAGCGGGAAGCCUUAUAUGGAUCUUGCGUCGAAGGCGUGUCCCCCAGAAUCCUAUGCCCGUCGCCCGGAAUUGGAUAUCAAACAUGUCGAGAGCAAGUAUAAGGACCCGGUAGGCGGGUUUAUCCGCAACUUCAACCUUUCGUCCGACCUCUGCACCAUCGGCCCACAUCUCGCAAAUCUACACGGCUUCCUCUUCAGCUCCUCCACCACAAUUGCGACGCAGAAACUCGUCCCAAUCUUUGGAGAAUGCAAGGUCAAUGUGAACAACGACAUCUUAUUCCCAGCAAAUAAAUACUACGACCUCGCUGACCCCCGCUACAUCUACAACGACGAACAAGAUGUUGCAUGGCACGAAAAAACGCCUAAGAUGGUCUGGCGUGGUGUCACCUCAGGUGGCGUUCAGAACCAGGAAAUAUACCACAGACUCCAACGACACCGCUUCGUCGCCCUAACAAAUUCCUCAAAACUUUCGGGGACAGAGGUUACGAUUAUGGAGGCUGUCAGUGAGGACAAUACCAGUGGAGAGUACACACCUACGUUUUUCCAUCCAGCGCACUAUGCGGAUUCAACUAUGGAUGUAGGUUUCUCAGCAAUUGUCUGGUGUGUCCCAGACUGCCAUUUCCUCGACGACAAAUUAUCUGCAAAGCCUUCACUGGAGUUUAAGGAAACUUUCAAAUUCAAGUAUCUGGCAGAUAUCGAUGGGCAUUCUUUCAGUGGUCGUUGGUAUGCGUUCUUGAAGAGUAGAAGUAUGGGUAUUAAGUCUACUAUAUUCAGAGAAUGGCAUGAUCAAAGACUUUUCGAAUGGGUACAUUUUGCGCCGAUGGACAAUCGGUUUGACGAUUUAUACGCACUUAUGACUUAUUUUACCGGAGUAGAAAAGGGGGUUGGCGGUAAAGAUGGAGCAUAUGUCCCAAGACACGAUACCGAGGCAAAGAGGAUUGCGGAUCGGAGUAGGGAGUGGGCGAUGCAGGUUUUGAGGACCGAGGAUAUCGAGAUUUACAUGUUACGUUUACUACUGGAGUACGCUAGGGUUGUGGAUGAUAAUAGGGACAAGAUUGGAUACAGCGGAGACGGCAGUGAAGUUGAUUCUGCCGAUAAUAAUAGACUUGGAUGGCGUUACAGGCUAUGA